AUGUGUGUCCAAACAAACAAAAUGGCGGCCCACAUGAAAGUAACUCAUACACUUUACGAAGACUCAACAAUAACUCUAGCCUUAUUUGCUGAUAUAGAGUCAUGCAAGAUCCUUAGGCAAAAUGUCAUGAGUGGUUUAAUCGAAGCAAGUCUUCUUAAAGCAAAUAUGGUGAUUGAUUCAUUUCAAGUUUUGGUAGCAGCCAAUAAGGCAGUCCACCUUCACCGUACAAACUCAAUGGUAACAAAGAAUGUGCACUCAGAGAUUUUAUAUAGUCUUUCACCAAGCAAAAAUAUUUCUGAAUCUUUUCGAUCUUUUGGUGUAUCAGAUUCAGACAAAAGUGUGUUUGUAGCUAUUGUGGAUGACGCUGAUGACAAAACAUUGAACAAAAUAACGGAAUUGCUGGGGAAAGAGCCAUCUCAGUUAGAUCAACUUCCAGAAAUAGCAGACACAAAAUUAAUCACAAAGGUAUAUAAAGUAACAGAAGAGGAGUUAUCAAACUUUUCUUUACUGGAUUCGCUUGUGACCAGGAUAUCUUCAAAAGAAAUAAUAACAGCAGGGAAAGGAAAAAACUAAAUUUUAUUUGUGACAUUACACUUACUCAAUCAU